AUGGCAGUUUACUAUACCAGUCGUUCUCGUUAUCAAAAUAAACGAUUCUGCGUUGAUUAUUGGACUAUAACUAGAACCUGCUUUUACAGGUUUUUCGAAACGGAACCUGACAUGAAGGCACUGUUUCCCAAAAUAGUUCAAAUGAAUGAAUCAAACCAGCUUGAAUGGCAAAUGGACAGAGAUAUGCUCCAGAAACAUGCUGUUACUGUUAUGGAAGGUCUGGGGGCAGCAGUAGAGAGUUUAGAAGAUUCCGACUUCUUAAAUAGUGUAAUGGUUUCUAUAGGACAGACGCAUGUUAGACGUAACGUCAAACCGCAAUACGUUAAGAAAUUAUGGCCGUCGUUACAUUACGGACUGGGUGUGUGUUUGGGAGACCAUUAUAAUAAAGAGGUUUCGGAGGCGUGGAGAAAAGUGUACAUUUAUAUUUCAGCACAAAUGACUCGAGGGAUGAAAAAUCCCAAUUUAAAAACUAACGAUGAGUUAUCAUGACGUGAACACGUGACCUGUCCGUCGCCAUCUUGGUUGUGUAUAUAUUACAGAUCGUUCAUGUUCCACAUUAUCAUUUAAAUAACGAAACCUUUUUAAUCUAAAUGAAAUGGAAUGAAUGGAGUUUACGUCUGUACCAUGUGGGCUAAUGAAGACGGGCAACGCCAUGCAGGGUGCAAUGAGGGAAAUUUUGCCAGGACAGCGGCAUUAAUCUGCUCUUUUUUUUUUUUUUAUUUGCGGCUGUCGAGGGUUUUUAAUUUAAAAAAGUUUUAUUAAUCCAUUAUCACUUUGUGGAAGAUAGUUAAAGAUGUGAUUUCAUUGGCACAUGAACAGUUUUGUCGCCGUUUUUUGUUGCCCCUCGUUUUCCCGCAGCCGGUUGGUAAAACUCUUGACAAGACUCUAGUCGGCGACAAGAAUCGCCGCCAAAAACAGUUCGUGUACCCGCAGCAUUAAAAACAUGAAUGUACAAUUUCUAAAACAC